AUGGCGCUGAGAGGAGUGUGGCAGCUACAGAAGCUGGUAGUGAGCUACUGUAACUGGGGAGGUAGCAGUCGAGGCAUCAGAGCCUUUAUGGAAUCAGAAUUGCCUGCGCUGAGGGAGAAGAAUCCGCAGCUGGAAGUGAUUACUGAGCUUUCGCGAGGACAACAUCCUUACUUGAAGGGCAUUUACAGGAACAGAAAUGAAAGGGUGGUGUGUGUGAAGAACAUGGAUCCUGAAGAAGUGCUUCUGAAUGCAACAAGGCUUAGGAACUCUCUUGGAAGGAAAGUUGUGAAACUCAGAACUAGACACGUCACCAAACACCCCAGUGUUCAAGGCACCUGGACUACCGCCCUCAAAUUCUAA